AUGCAUGUCCGCCCUAAGGGCAGCGACAUCUCCGACGACAGCGGCUCUGGAAAUGGGCAGGCUGUCAACGGUCAUGGCGUGCCUGAGUUGGUGGGCGAGGAUGGUGCGCCUACUGACGAUGGACGUGAGAUGAAGGGGAAGGGAAAGUGGUUCAAUUAUUUGAAAACGAAGGAUUUCUGGAUUGUGUUGCUGCUUGGGCAGGUCCUCUCCAUCUGCAUCACGAGCACGAACACCUUCUCUCAGCUUCUUUCUAUGCAAGGGACCAGCAUCCCAGCUUUCCAGACUUUCUUUAACUACGUAUUGCUUAAUAUCGUCUACACCGGCUGGACCCUAUACAAGUACGGUUUCAAGAAAUGGGGACAGAUAGUCCUCAGAGAUGGAUGGAGGUACUUUAUCCUAGCAUUCAUGGACGUGGAAGGGAACUACUUUGUCGUUCUAGCCUACCGCUACACCACCAUCCUCUCCGCCCAACUCAUAAACUUCUGGGCCAUCGUCGUCGUCGUCAUCAUGUCCCUCAUCUUCCUGCGUGUCCGCUACCACAUCACCCAAUACCUCGGCAUCAUCCUCUGCAUCGGCGGCAUGGGCAUCCUCUUCGGCUCCGACCACAUCACGGGCAACAAUAACUACCCGGCCUCCAACCAGCUCAAGGGCGACCUGUUCGCCCUGCUCGGCGCCUCCUUCUACGGCCUCAGCAACUGCUUCGAGGAGUUCCUCGUGUCCAAGAAGCCCAUGUACGAGGUCAUCGGCCAGCUCGCCUUCUGGGGCAUGAUGAUCAACGGCACCCAAGCGGGCAUCUUCGACCGCCAGAGCUUCCGGGACGCGACGUGGAACGGGCCCGUGGGCGGCUACCUCGUCGGCUACACCCUCGUGCUUUUCAUUUUCUACUCGCUGGCGCCGAUCCUGUUCCGGCUGAGCAGCGCGGCCUUCUUCAACAUCUCGCUGCUGACGGGCAAUUUCUGGGGCGUCGCGAUUGGCGUCAAGGUGUUUGGGCUGAAGAUCCACUGGAUGUAUCCGAUUGCGUUUGUGCUCAUCCUGAUCGGGCAUGUGUUUUACUUCAUGACGGAGAGUAUGCUGGGCGAGGCGGAGAAGCCGUGGUUGGGCGAGGAUCAGGCGGAGGGGGUUGCGGGGAUUGGGACGGCGAGGAGGCGCCGUGAGAAGCCGAAUGCGAUUGUUUAG